AUGGAGGAAUAUAAGCCGAAGUCCAGGACCGAAGAUUUGGACAUGGAAGAGGAGGAUUAUGAUUUGAAGAAAAGUCGGCGAGAUCGUGAUCGGAGUAAGGAGCGGAAGAAGGAGAAGGGUUCGGAGAAGCGCCGAGAGAAGGACAAACGGAAGAGACGGUCUGAGAGAGUUAAGAGUAGUGAUUCUGAAGAUGAGCUCGAUAGAGAUGGUGAUGAUGAUGAUGAAGAGAGGGAGAGGCGUAGAGAGAAGGAGCGGAGACGGAGGGAUAGGGAGAGGUCGAAGAGACGGUCAGAGAGGAAGAAGAGUAGCGAUUCUGAAGAUGACGAUGAAGAAGAGGAUGAGAGGGAUAAACGCCGAGCGAAGGAGAAGGAGAGAGGACACCGAGAACAUGAGAGAGAUAGGGGCAAAGAUCGGAAAAGGGAUAGAGAUAGAGAGAGAGAGGAGAGAAAGGAGAAAGAAAGAGAAAGGGAGAAGGAUAGAGAGAGGAGAGAGCGGGAACGAGAGGAGAGGGAGAAGGAGAGAGUAAAAGAAAAAGAAAGAGAAAAGCGGGAACGGGAAAGGGAAGAUGGAGAGAGGGAUAGGAGAGAACGUGAGAAAGAAAGGGGUAGGAGGAACCGGGAAAGGGGUAGGUCACGAGAGGAUGGAAAUGAAGAGAGUGAUGAUGAUGUUAAGCGUGAUUUGAAGCGUAGAAGAAGAGAGAGUGGAGAACGGAAGGAGAAGGAGAAAGAGAAAGAGCGUGAAAAGAGUGUUGGUAGAUCUGGCAGGCAUGGAGAUGACAAUGGAGAUAGUCCAAGGAGAAAGAGUGGCGAGGAGGAUGGUGAAAAGAAAGAGAAGAAAACCCGUGAGGAAGAACUAGAGGAUGAGCAGAAGAAGUUGGAUGAUGAGGUUGAAAAACGAAGGAGAAGAGUUCAGGAGUGGCAAGAGCUGAAGAGGAAAAAGGAGGAAGCUGAAAGUGAAAGUAAGGGUGAUGCGGAUGAUAAAGAGCCGGCCGGUAAGGCUUGGACGCUUGAAGGAGAAUCUGAUGAUGAAGAAGGCCAUCCGGAAGAAAAUACAGAAGCAGAGAUGGAUGUUGAUGGAGAGACUAAACCCGAAAAUGGUGGAGAUGCCAAGAUGGUAGACUUGGAGAUUGAGACAGCUACUGUUGUCUCUGAGAAACAAGGUGAUGGAGCUGCAGAUGAAGAGGAAAUUGAUCCUUUAGAUGCUUUUAUGAAUGCUAUGGUAUUGCCCGAGGUUGAGAAGCUUAGCAACAAUGCUCCUCCGCCAGAAGUUAACGAUGGUAUUUUGGAUUCUAAUAAGAAUGGGAAGGUACGUGGUGACCACCCGAAGAAAGGUUUUAAUAAGGCCCUUGGUAGGAUAAUUCAAGGUGAAGAUUCCGAUUCUGAUUAUUCAGAACCAAAGGAUGAUGAUGAUCCAAGUUUAGAAGAAGACGAUGAGGAGUUCAUGAAGAGAGUAAAGAAGACAAAAGCAGAAAAAUUGUCUCUUGUUGACCACUCAAAAAUGGAUUAUGAACCUUUCCGGAAGAACUUCUAUAUUGAAGUGAAGGAUAUCUCAAGGAUGACACCAGAUGAAGUUGACGCUUACAGAAAGGAAUUGGAGCUGAAAGUUCAUGGAAAGGAUGUACCAAGACCCAUAAAAUCGUGGCACCAGACUGGACUAACCAGCAAAAUUUUGGAUACCUUGAAGAAGCUGACGUAUGAAAAGCCGAUGCCUAUCCAAACACAAGCACUCCCAAUCAUCAUGAGCGGCCGAGACUGCAUUGGAGUCGCUAAAACCGGGUCAGGUAAAACGUUAGGUUUUGUUUUGCCAAUGUUGAGACAUAUCAAGGAUCAGCCUCCCGUGGAAGCUGGUGAUGGGCCAAUUGGGCUUGUGAUGGCACCCACUAGGGAGCUUGUUCAGCAGAUUCACAGCGAUAUCAAAAAGUUUUCCAAGCCAUUGGGAAUAAGAUGUGUUCCUGUGUAUGGAGGAUCAGGAGUUGCGCAGCAAAUUAGUGAGCUAAAACGAGGGACUGAGAUUGUUGUAUGCACUCCCGGGAGGAUGAUUGACAUUCUUUGCACAAGCGCUGGAAAAAUCACCAAUCUGCGGAGGGUCACAUUUUUGGUAAUGGAUGAAGCUGAUCGUAUGUUUGACAUGGGUUUCGAGCCUCAAAUUACUCGUAUUAUUCAAAAUAUUCGACCUGGUCGGCAGACUGUGCUCUUUUCUGCCACUUUUCCACGUCAAGUUGAGACUUUGGCGCGUAAAGUCUUGAACAAGCCUGUGGAGAUACAGGUUGGUGGAAGGAGCGUCGUGAAUAAGGAUAUAACUCAGUUGGUCGAAGUCAGACCGGAGAGUGAGAGGUUCUUUAGAGUUCUGGAACUUCUUGGGGAAUGGUAUGAGAAAGGAAAAAUUUUGAUUUUUGUCCAGUCACAGGAGAAAUGUGAUUCCUUGUUUAAAGAUAUGAUAAAAAAUGGUUACCCUUGUCUAUCUCUUCACGGGGGUAAAGAUCAGACGGAUCGUGAAUCAACGAUAUCUGAUUUUAAGAGCAAUGUCUGCAAUUUGCUGAUUGCCACAAGUAUUGCAGCCAGGGGUCUAGAUGUGAAAGAGCUUGAGUUGGUUGUAAACUUUGAUGCACCGAACCACUAUGAAGACUAUGUGCAUCGCGUUGGCAGGACAGGCAGGGCAGGGCGGAAAGGAUGUGCUGUGACAUUUAUCUCUGAAGAAGAUGCAAAAUAUGCACCAGAUUUAGUCAAGGCCCUGGAACUUUCUGAGCAGCCAGUUCCCGAUGAUCUGAAAGCAAUUGCUGAUGGUUUCAUGUCUAAAGUGAAACAGGGUCUUGAGAAAGCUCAUGGAACUGGCUAUGGAGGUAGUGGUUUUAAAUUCAACGAAGAGGAGGAAGAAGCGAAGAAAGCAGCCAAGAAAGCACAAUUGAGGGAGUAUGUCUUUGAUGAAGACAAGUCUGACUCAGACGAUGAGAAUGAUGUAGUAAGAAAGGCAGGUGGUGAUAGCUUACAGUCACAGCAGCAGGCUGCUAUUGCUCAUGUGGCCGCCAUUGCCGCUGCAGCUAAAGCUAAUGCUGCAGCGAGUGCUCCUGCGGCUGCUAACCCAUUGCUGCCAGGUCUCCUUCCGGUUGCUGUUCCUGGGCAACUUAAUGACGGGGCAGGUCGUGCUGCAGCCAUGGUUGCUGCCAUUAACCUGCAACAUAACCUGGCAAAGAUUCAAGCUGAUGCGAUGCCUGAACACUAUGAAGCAGAGCUGGAGAUCAACGAUUUCCCACAAAAUGCUCGCUGGAAGGUCACCCACAAAGAAACUUUGGGUCCAAUAUCAGACUGGACUGGAGCCGCCAUUACUACCAGGGGUGAGUUUCACCCGCCAGGACGUAAGCCGGGACAAGGGGAACGCAAGCUCUACUUGUUUAUUGAAGGGCCUAGCGAAAAAUCGGUUAAGAACGCGAAAGCUGAACUCAAGCGUGUUCUUGAAGACAUUACAAAUCAGGCUAUGUCACUUCCUGGAGGAUCACAACCCGGCAAAUACUCUGUCCUAUAA